AUGUCGCUUCGGCAAGUUCAUCUAGCCAGGUUGGGGAAUCCAUUUUUGUUCUUAAAGAAGUCCAUGAAUUUUGCCCUGAACCUUGCCCUAUUAUUCGCGAGAAAUGCACAAUUUAAGGCCCCGUUGUCAACAAAUGCACCAGUUUCGACUACUCCAUCACCAACGACUCUAAAACCAGAGGAACUUUUGAAGGAAAUCUUGGAUCACGAUGCGGAGUUUAGAGAGCUAACUAGCGGUUACGAUCUGGGUAAGGAUCCUGAAGAUGCGAUAGAGCGUUAUCAUUUGCUUCAAACAAGCAGAGAGAAAGUGAACGAACAUAAUGCCCUAUAUGAAAAUGGUCAAAGCAGCUACAAGAUGGGUGUAAACAAAUUUUCAGUUAUGAAACCGGACGAGUUAGCACCUCUAGCGCUAUCGCUUCCUCCUCCAACAUCUCUUGCUGAUAGUACUCCUCUGAUGAGACGAAAACGACAAACAGAUAACAACACAGUCGACUACCGACAGUAUAUGCAACCCGUAGCCAAUCAGCUGGACUGUGGAGGCUGCUGGGCAUUUGCUAUUGCGGCGGCUUUGGAAGGAUUUUUUGCUUUAAAGAAUUAUGACAUCCCAACACUUUCCGUACAACAAUUGCUGGAUUGUGAUCGAGCAACAAGUUCCGAAUUUGGAGUAAGCAAUUUAGGAUGCAGUGGAGGCUAUUUUCAGGUAGCUGCGGAGUACCUGAAGAUCAAAGGACUUACUUCGGAUACGGCGUAUCCGUUCAGCGGAGAG